AUGGGUGGAGAAUACAACCAAAUUCCUAUUGUCUUCCAGGAAGCAAUAAAGAAGUAUGAGGAAAUCACUAAAAAACCGCUACUUGAUCCCGCCUUGCUUGAGAUCACAUCCACCGACGCUCUGCUGGAUAAAAUCGAGAAGGAAAAUGGCAAAUUCGACGAAUUUCGGUCAACCAGGCACGGCUUAUUCGAUGCGCUAGAAUGUGCUCUGAAGCCCAUCGAGCUGGUUGGGAAUCUUGUGUCCGGGGCAGCUUCUAUAGCGUUUCCUCCAAGCUCUCUUGUGUUUGGUUCAGUCCUUUAUUUAAUGGAUGCCGCUAAAGGAGUUUCUGCUUCUUACAAUGCUAUCAAGGACUUGAUGGACUCACUUGAGAAUUUUACCGUUCGGUUACGCAUAUACAACCGCGAGCUUAUUUCAAAUGAGUUGAGUAAACAUCUUAGUGAUAUCCUUGUCGUUCUGAUUGAGGUCUUCGCCUUAUCCCGAAAGGCAAUCAAGGGAGGCAGGUUUCUCAAGUUUGCCAGGAACGUUUUGGUUGGCAAUGACGACAAAAUUAAGGAGGCAGUUGGAAGGCUCGCCAAACUCACUGAAACUGAACACCGUCUUGUGGGUGCCGAAACAUUAACAGAGACCAAGAAGACGAGCCGUGCCGUUGAUGACGUCGCAAUCAAUCUCGCUGCCACAAGCUUGACCGUGGACAAAACAAGCCACUCGGUUUCUCAGAUGAGUCUCGAAGUCACGGACAUGAACCAAAAACUGAAUAACCUCAUACAAGAAACGGAAUCGUCAAACGAGAUCUCAAAAGCUGAACAAGACAGAAAUCACCAAGAGUUUAUCAAAGGAGCACUCGAGCCUUCGGUCACUGCUUAUGACUGGUACGAUAAAAUCAAUAAGUCUCGAGUUAAGGACACUGGAGACUGGAUUAGAAAUGAACCAUUUUUUAUAUCCUGGGUAGAGAAGAAGAUACCUAUUUUGCGAGUCUCUGGUAACCCAGGAGCCGGAAAGUCUUACCUCUCAUCCAACAUGAUAACAUAUCUCAAUGGCGAGUAUCCACAGCUUGUGCAUCAUUCUUCUCGUGUCUCAGUGGGGUAUUUCUUCUUCAAGGAUGAUAACCCGAAAACAAGGUCUAUUCACCAAGCACUUCGUGACAUGGCAUAUCAAAUCAGUCAAAAUGACCCAGUUUACGCGAAGUAUAUUGUGACAAGCGCCCUCACGGCCGAAGAUGUUAGCACCAUCGAAAGUGCCUGGCGAACGCUCUUCGUCAAUUUCUUCGUCAAAAAGUCAAAUGUGGCCAGCAGUGUUUAUUUGCUGCUUGAUGGGGUUGAUGAAGCAUUUGAUGCCGAAAUACAGCCGUUUUUUGAUCUUGUUAGGGACAUAAAUGAAGUGACCGAUAAUCCUCGAAUUCAGCUAGCCAUAGUUGGCAGGCCCCAACUCGGCGAUCUUAUCUCUGAAUCUCUUGAGGUGGAUGAUGUUCCUACGAUCUAUAUCACAGAAAAUAAAAACUCAACCGAUAUUAUUUGUUUCAUCGAGAAUAAUAUUCGAAAGUCGAACAUUCUUAAGAGAGUCUCGGCAAGACUACGAUCCGAAAUUGUCAAGAAACUUUCUGAUCGGGCUCAAGGCAUGUUUAUUUGGGUUCAACUAAUGUUGAAAGAGCUAUUGAAGAAAAGAAGCGAGUCAGCUAUCCGCGAAGCCCUUAAUUCUGCGCCUCGUGGCUUGGAUGAAAUGCUCUCUCAUGUCCUCACAAGUUUCUCUUUGACUCUUGUUGACGAUUAUCCAGAUACCCUAAACGAGUUGCUAGCUUGGGUAACAUGUGCCCAGUGGCCCCUGACACUGAGAGAGCUUGAUACGAUUUUAAAGCUCAAAUCCCCUGACGGGGAUGGUAUGAUCUAUCUGGAAGGACCCCUUCGGAGACAGUUUGCUUCUUUCUUCAACCUUAAUCGCGAAGAUGGAUUAACUACUGCCGAACUACAUCUUAUGAAUCCAAACGUUGCUGGCUCAGAUGACGAAGAAUCUAGUGAUGGUACCCAAGUGGAGACUUUUGAAGAUGCAGAUGAUACAACUCAGUUUGACUCGAACCCAGACACAACGACGGUUACAUUUUGCCAUUCAUCCCUAGGAGACUUCUUUCGGGGUGCCAAGGGCAAAGUUUCCGCAGGUGACGGAUAUCCCAGUAUCGGAGUCGACUUCAAUGACGCUCAAUUUAAUGUCACGAAGUUAUGCCUGGAGCUUUUGUGCAACGAAGAUGGAGAGGAUUAA